AUGCUGACGCUCUGGGCCCUGGUGCUCACGCUGGGCCUGCAGGCCAGUGCACAGGACCUGCUGGAAGAAGCCCCAGGGAUAAGCAAUCUUCCUGUAGCUACCUUGCCCAUCCCGAUCAGUGCCCUCGAAGCCCUGCCACUCAGACUAGGCCCUAGACGACGCCCCCCAACACAAAGAGACUUUCUAUCCAAAAAGCGUUCAGCCCCCAGCGGCAGCGGCAAGUGCAUACCCGUGGCCGAGUACUUCCUGUCCAAAAGCAGACUCAAUGACUAUCUCAACAACACCCUGCCCGCGGAGAUCGAGAAGCUGUUCAAGUGUGAGCAGGUCAACCUGGUUGGUGUGCUGGGCACCUUGGUAUCCACGCUGAGCACCUCCAACCUGCUCUCUGCGCUGGACCUCGGUUCCCUCCUGAGCAUGGGAGGCGGUGGCCUCGGCGACAUUCUAGGCAAGGGAGGCAGCGGCAACUCCCAAGGCCUGGACCUGCUGGGCGGCCUGCUGCCGCUGGGAGAUGAGGGGCUGGGCGGCCUGCUGUCUGGCAAAAAAGGCAAAGGGACUCUCAAGGGGCUCCUCGACGGCACCGGGCUCUCCAGUCUCCAGCAGCCGCUGGACGACGUGGUGGGCAAAGUCACAGAGCUCAAGGAGUCCACCAAGAACGUGGUGAACAAGGCCCUGCCGCCAGAUGUCAGCAACGCCCUCUCGGGCCUGCUGGGAGGCCUGGACCUGAACGAGCUGCUGCUGGGACUACAGGUUCAGGAGGUGACUGUGGACAGCAUGAACUCAACCACGGCCAAAGAUGGGAUCCACAUCCUUGCCACAACCACUACUGUCAUAGGCGGGAAAGGCCUUGUCGGACCCGUCAUCAGCCUGGUGGGAUUCCACGUGUACGCAAACGUGACCCUGACUAUUGGCAUUUCCACAAAUGACACCCAGUGCGUCAACCUCCAGGUCCAGAACAAAGACAUCCAGGUCAACAAAGUGACCCUUCAGAUCGUAGAAACGAUCACGGACGUUUUGCCUGUGCCUGUCCCUGUGCCCCUGGGCGACGUGGUCACUAAACUGCUGUCAGUGGAGUUGAAUCAGAAUGUGAAAGAAGCGGACUCCUGUGACAUCGUUCUCAGUGGCUUCAAUGACUGCAAGAACUCCACCGGCCUGUUCCGGUACCAUGUGAGGGCGGCCCACUUCUCCCCCGAAGGCCUCUCAAUCUUCUACUGCGCAGAGGCCCUCUUUGACAACAAGGCAGUGCCCGUGCGCGGAAGACUGCUCCCUCCACACCCUAAGAGCGCCAACGUCUCCCUGACCCUGUCGCGCACGCUGCUCGACGCGCCAGCGGAGCACAUUGCUAAGCAGAGCACCUUCAAGAUCGACAACCUGGAGGCAAGCAUCACCAGAAUCCGCCGGGGGUACCAGAGCAACGACACUUCCCAGGUCACCUACUGGAGCAACAUAAAGAAGGAUGGCGAGAGCUUCGCCACCGGGGAAUCGAAAUUGACCAUCUGGCAUGACAGCAAGAUUUCAAACGACAAGCUGAUAUCAGAGGUCAAACUUGUAAGGUACUGUGCAGUACGAACCCAAACCAACCCAAAGUGCAUGAGCUCAGCGCCACACACGGCUCUCGGGAGGCGCGGGGGGGGACGACGGGGAACUCAGUCGGCAACUCCCACGCCGUCGCCCGCCUUACGUUUGCCCUGUGCGCCUCUGACUGCUAAGCGGCUGACUUACGCCGAGAAGCCACCGGGACAGCACUGCAGCUCCACAAGCGAGAAGCAACCUUCCCUGAACCUAACGGCUGUCUGUGCUUUCUUUCUUGACAGAUCUGAUUUCAAGGUGACACCGCCUGAGGCUACAGACGAGGUGCGAAAUGUGAUGAAAGGACAAGAGAAGAAGUUCUGGUCUGUCCUUAUUGAAAUUUUGAAAGCAUGGAAUAUACCAGCAGGAGUAACCUCAAAUCCUCUGAACAAUGCCAAGGUUAACGUGACUCAAUCGAAUGAUCUUCAGGCGGCAAACUGAACCCAGCACACUCAGAGCCAGGCAGUGUCCCAGGACGAAAGCAAAAACCGCCUGUGAAACUUUCCUGUGAAACACUGGGCAUGCAGCAAGGAACCAAGUAGAAGUAGCAUUCUUAGAAUGUCAAG